ACACGUAUGACACAACACACUACACGACACACAACACACAACACACUACACGACACACAACACACAACUUAUAAAGACAUAACACGUCAUACAGUAACAUGGGUGCGGAUUCACUGCAGACGUAUAUCAGCUCGGCGGAGGGAGCGUCGCUGGUGGCCUUCUGCGAGGACUGCGAAUUGCAGGCCAUACCUAUUCCAGAGGAGGUCACAAUGGCAGAUAUCUACAUUUGCCUUCUGCUGCAGUUGCUGGCCGAAAACAAAAUCACACGUGCCGAGAUCGCAGCACAACGCGCGACCAGAGGACUCUCAGCACAUCAGGUGACAGCCGAAGUCACCGCUGUAUUGCAAUUGGUGAAAGCUAUUGCCAGUAGAGACUACGCAGCCAUCAAUGCCGCCUUCUCCACACUCAGUACACAGUUGAGGCCGGUGUUUAGUGAGCUUGAGCGGAGGUUGUGUGUGCGUUAUAGACAGCAGCAGCUGGCGUUGAUUGCCGAGGCGUAUGUGCAAGUGCGUGUGCCAAAUACGGCAGUGUUGCUAGGAACGAGUGUGGAGGAGAAUAAGCAGGUAGCACAGACUCUCGGCUGGACGUACGAUGCCGCAACGGACAUUCUGUUCCCAGUUACCGCAUCCCCCGCAGUGCAGCCUGUAGCUGCAUCGGAUAUCAAGGAGCAGCUCAAGCAGCUGUCCGAGUAUGUUGUGCACCUGGAGAUCUAAAUGUAGGACCCAAUGGAGGGCUCGGACUGGCGAUCAUAGCUCGACCGCUGUACGCACACGCACACACCAUACGCACUCAUAGCACACGCGUAAUCGUGGCGAGUCAGCCAUUGCGGAUGAGGCCUACCGAAUCGACUUGGAGAACACCGUCUGGGAAAGACCCUUCGCAUGUUACGUCUGUAUGCACGCACACCCAUGGAGUGGUUGUUAUAUACUCGCGCGUGCAUGGGAUAGACGCACUGACAACACUCAUAUCCGUGUAUACGAUCACUUAUUGAGAGUCGUUGAUGCCCUGCGUAUAUCCUGUACGUGCACCUACUUGCAAGGGUGUAAGCCGCAAUCGUGCGUGUGCCAUUGAUGUGCCUGUGUUCUGUAGUCGCUAUUGUCCGUGGAGGGCUGUCAGGGGGAAGGUCUGCGGUUGUGUUGCUGGCGACACUAUCACUCAUGCGAUUGCGUAUGCGAUAGCAUGGCGUCCUCAGUGAGAAUCACACGGACGUUCGCCUGUUGAUGGGCUCGCUUUGCACACUCCUAGUGGGCCCUACCGCACACCUCACAGGACCAGAGCUCAGACACGGGCGAGGCACGUGCGUUCAUGCUUGCACAUGAGAGUGCGGACGACAGAGAGAGAGAUGCUCUGCCGCAGCGGUCCUUGAUCGAGAGUCAACCGACUGCGUCCAGGGAUCCUGAACAUUGUAGGUAGGCGAUGGUCGAUCGAGUCGCCCCGGGGUGGAGAGGUAUAGCUUGAGUGAAAGGCAUAUGUGUCGCAAACGGGUAUAGCAUGAGUGAAAGGCAAAUGUGUCGCAAACGGCCGCUAUGCAAGGGCCGCAUGCCGUGUACCCUGAUGAGAGUGAAGUAUUAGACCCGGUGUGUUCUGAGUCGCAUCUACUAGACUGGGCAGUAACCACAGAGCUGGCAUUCCACGUGCGCUCUUAUGAAGUGAUAGGCGUAUUCGUACGAAAUGGUAUUGUCCUCUACUACACUGACCGGCUAUAUCAGUUCACUUUACCGGUUAUCGAGUGGUCGAGAACAAUACACUUCUCAAUAAUCGUAAUCGCAGUUCAAGGUUUCCUGUCAGGCGGCAGUCUCUCGCCGAAACGGGUUGGGGUCCGUUCGUGACCACACCUUGGGUGCAGGGCAGUAUUUGAAGCCACGCGUAGGAGAGUGAUGGUGUGGGCGUAUAUCACCGUAGACGAUGACACAGCACUUAAUAUGGUGAUUUGUGCAUACGAUGUUGUUUACGCUUGACGGAUAGUAGAUUACGCACCACAAGCUGUUGUGUAACGCUGGCAGAGAUUGUAAGUUGCCAAUUGAAAUGGCCUUUAUAAAUACACGCAAAUAUCAUGGCUAUAUACAAAACACGUUCAACUUGAAGCAGUUCAAACAUUAUCGUACUUUUCGCUUCAGUAAAACCACUCUUCU